GGAGGCGACAGUCUUCGGGCUCUGCUGCCCAUCCACGCCCGCUGCCCCUCCACGCACAGUGGCUCCCGCCCCCCAGGCUGUCCGCGGCCUCGGUCCCCGGACUACUCGAGCGCUAGCGCCACCUACGGAGAGUCGCCGAGGGUGACCUGUUUACCUUGAACACUUGGACAGGACCAAAACAGGCGAGCCUGCCAUGCAGAGAGGACUGCGGAAUGUGCUUCAGAUGUACACCGCAGAAAUCAGAGCUCCGAGCUGCAGGGGACACGCUUAGUGUCUUAAAGGCCUGCAUUUUCUGUAAAGAUUCCUGCAGAGUGGCUCAUCAUGUGAAGGACCUCGCUAUUUGAUUUUAGGCUUCGACUUUUCAUGUGCAUUACAUGUUGAGAAGGUCAUGAGCGCCAGCUGUCACUCUCUGAAAGUGGAAACUGCCAUCAAUCACGAAGACAAGAAGUGAUUUUCCUGUAAUCACAAGAUGACUCAGGAUGGACCCUGAAGCCGCCCGGCUGGAGAAGCAGCACGUGCACGACGUGUAUGAGAGCACCGCCCCCUACUUCAGCGACCUGCAGAGCAAAGCCUGGCCCCGCGUGCGCCAGUUCCUGCAGGAGCAGAAGCCCGGCAGCCUCAUCGCUGACAUAGGUUGUGGGACUGGAAAGUAUCUUAAAGUGAACAGCCAGGUGCACGUCCUGGGCUGUGACUACUGUGGGCCGUUGGUAGAGAUUGCCCGGAGGAGAGGGUGUGAAGUCAUGGUGUGUGACAACCUCAAUCUCCCCUUUAGGGACCGGGGCUUCGAUGCCAUCAUCUCCAUAGGAGUUAUACAUCAUUUUUCUACAAAACAAAGAAGAAUCAGAGCAAUAAAAGAAAUGGCCCGAGUCUUAGUGCCUGGAGGCCAGCUGAUGAUUUACGUCUGGGCCAUGGAGCAAAAGAACCGGCACUUCGAGAAGCAAGACGUGCUGGUUCCGUGGAACAGGGCCCUGUGCUCGCGGCUCCUGUCCGACCCCAGCCAGCCUGGGAGGGAGAAGCAGUGUGGACGCCCGGACAGGAGCCACCCCUGCCACCCUCCUUGCACCGUGUGUAGCUGUUCCGUUCGUUUUAAGGAGCGAUGCGGCUCGAAACGGUCCCGCAGCGUGGACUAUGAACCUGCUGCGGCUGGAACCUGCUGUGCAAGUAUUUCUAAGGGAGGUGGGGAAGAAAAUGGAUUCUAUAACACGUUAGGAAAAUCUUUUCGCUCCUGGUUUUGCUCCAGAUCUUUGGACGAGUCAACUCUGAGGAAGCAAAUUGAAAGCGCGAGACCCUUGAAAAGCACAGAAGCUCGGGCCGCUAGUGCUGUAUCAGUCCAGCCUUCCAGCCACUCUAGUCUAGACCUGGAUCGCCAAGAGCCCUUAGCAACAAGAGAGCAGAACUUAGAUGAGGACGUGUUUCUGGAAACCUCUCAAAAACAUUUGGAGUGGCUGAGAGCACCAGGCACAAGGAGACACCUAAAUGGAGACCAUCAGGGGGAAGCUGGGAGAAAUGGCCGUGGGAGUUUUCUGGGUAGCAGCGACACUAACGAGAAGCGUGUGGCCGCAGGUGACUUAGUUCAAGAAGGGAGCCCUUCUGCUGGUAAAAUAUUGAGAAGGAUUUCUGCAGCCGGGUCCACAGACUCCAUCCCGGAUGACGCAAUUUCUGUGGAAGGCCGACAGCCAGACGUUCGGGAUUCCAGAGCCUUUAUGCGCUACUACCACGUGUUUCGAGAAGGCGAGCUCUGCGGCCUGCUGACAGAGAGCGUGUCCGAGCUCCACGUCCUGAGCUCCGGGAACGAUCACGGGAACUGGUGCGUCAUCGCGGAGAAGAAGGGGGGCCGCGACUGACGGCUCGUUUCGGACGACUCCGCGGAUGAACCAUGUGCUUUCCGCCGGGUCUGGGAUGGUUACCUGAAUUGGCUUCCACUUUUCUUUAUUUCCUCUUUUUUUUUUUUUUACCCAUUUAUGCUUUUUUUCUGUAGAGACGAUGAAAAGUCAUCUUUUUAAUCUUUGGGUAAACACAGAAGCAGGCAUCUGAAGGUUCUGAGGGUGUUUGUGGUUACAGGUUGCUAGGAGAGCUCUGAAGAAGAGACACACGUGAACCUCAGCACGGUUUGGGUUUUUUCCCGCUGAAAGAUGAGCUUAUUACGAGAUGACAUGUAUAUUGUUUUUUAGUAUUAUAAACUAAUUUUAAAAGAGUCUGUUUUUAACUGUACCUUCUGAAAACAGCAUUUUGUAAAGUUAGGGGGGUAAUUUCUGCUUCUCAGAUUAUAAUUUAGAUCUAUUUGCCAGCAAACAGGUAAACUUCUUUCACUGAACAGGUGGAAAUUGCACCUUGUAAUCAGUUAUUUUGUGGCCAAGGCCUUGCCUCAAAGUCUUCAGAAAGGUGAGAAACCGUAGAGAGAGACAAGACGUGUUAGCUGAAAAUUAACAAUAUUUACAACUCUCUUUUGGCUCUAAAAUAAGCCUGCCUCACCCCCUUUUUGGCUCCUGAGGUCGUCUGGUGGAAACGAGACGUGACUUGUGUUGUUUGGUGCAUAGUUUGCAUCAGAGGGACGAUGGAAACAGGCGUAGAAUUGGGGUGUCAAUUAAAAAUUAAUUUAGCGUCUUCCAUUUCUUAAAUUAGGACAUUCAACCACAAGUAUAAGUGGUUUUAUUGCUGGAAAGAAAAGAUGCUCAGAGAAGCCCUUACAAUGAAGGCUUAAUGGCCUUUUAGUUACGAGUGGAUGUUUUCUCGCUCUGAAACCUCUUGUCAGAUGCGUCUUGAAUCCCAGCCCUGCUGCUAGGAGUCUGCUGGAGGUCAUUCUGUUGGCAGCUUACCACUCACACAGCUCUCAGUUUCCUAGACCGCUCCAGAACAGGUUUCAGCAAGUAGCCUGGAUGAGCAGCCUUCUGCACACACAUGCCCCAAGUUGUAUGAAAUACUCUCUGGCAUGGUUCUUGGGAGAGACGUUGUCACGUAAUCUGGACAGGGCUGUAACUUAAAAAAACUCUCACUUUGCAUAAUAGCUCUCACUUUUUUUUCUCUUGUAAGUUUAUUUUAUUGA